UGAUGCCAGAGAGAACAUUCAGAGACUAACAGGCCAUGGAGCAGAGGAUUCAUCAGCUGACCAGGCUGCCAACCAAUGGGGCCGGAGCGGCAGAGACCCCAAUCACUUCAGACCUGCUGGCCUGCCUAAUAAGUACUGAGCUUCCUCUUCACUCUGCUCUUACAUUACCCGACUGUGAUCACUGAGGUGAUGGACACAAAAUUACUGAGUUCUGUGUGCAGAGAUGCUGGUUGAGGGCACACAAGAAGUGUCUAAUAAAUGCUUGAGAGAUUGAAA